AUGCAUGCGGUCUGCUUUUUCUCGGCCUUGAACGUCCUUGUACCAGUGAUAUUUCCCGAUUCCCCAUACCACUCCUUCCUCGAAGAUUUCGAGGUCUUUAUCCUUGCAAUCCUCGCCACGCGGAUGCACCUCCGUCUUUGGCAUAUCGACAAUACCAAGCACGACGGUGAUGCGCUCUUGUACAUUUCCAUGUCGGACAUGUCACCUGGAGCCUGAGACCGUACGGUGUGACGUCUUAUCGCGUGGCUUAUUCGGUGUUGUGAAGUUUGGACUGUGAGAUGACUGGUUUGGGUGGCUUGGCAUGAUGGAUACCUUAAUAUCGCAGAACUCGCACUAUAAAUCUGUUUGCACACGAUUCACGACUAAUGAUGACAACUCCUGCAAGUUGGGUUUACAUAGUAC